GACACCAUCAUCAAACGCAGCCUUUCUAUUGGCUGUAAUAUGGUCGUGGUAAUUUACAUGCGAAAUAUCAAUGUACCGUUAUAACUUGUGACUCGACCCAGAACAAAAGUUUUAAUAGACGACAGAAUGCAUUGAAGACAAGAGACAACAAUUAUUAAAAUAACAGUAGAAUGCAUAUAACUUGCAGUAAAUAUUUCAAUGGUUUAUUUUCGACAAUCUUUGGUAUUUUGCAUAAUGGAAUAUAGACCAGCCUUGUGUGUGCCGAUAAUAUUGAUAUCACUACGCUACACAUCCGCCACCCCAAUUAACAUCAAAGGAACAGUUAAUUAGUGUGAAUCGCAACUUAAUCAAUGGCGAAUUUCCGUGGAUAUCAUUUUUAAACGAUUUUAUGAAAAGUAAAUGAAGUGACUGUGUUUAUUAUUGGUGUUACUUUUUAUUCUUCCGCGCGCAGUGAUGGGUUUCAUUUCCUGUCGUUUAGAAAAUGUAGCGAAAUUGUGAACUUUGUAAAAAUUUUAAACACAUGUAGAACGAUAAUGAAGUAAACUAGAUAGAAAAUGCUGGAUGAAAGAUGACAGAAGAACCAUUAUCUGAUGGAGAAUACCUGGUUCAAGUCCAGGCACAAGUUAUGGUGCGUGACGAGUCUUCGGGUGGCUGGUUACCCAUGGACCGAGGAGGACUCAGUCAGGUUGGAUUAAAACACCUCAAAAUAAAUGGAGGAGGCUCAGAACCUCGCAGUGAAUAUUCUAUCGUCGGAAAAAGAAUGACAGAUAAUUCGACUGUAUUAAACUGUUCGUUAAAAUCAGAUAUAGAAUAUUUCCGAGCGAAUCCAAAAUUUUUGCACUGGAAGACGGACGACAAGAAGUUUGGGCUUACAUUUGAGAGUUCGUACGAUGCCAAAGCUUUUGAUAAGUACAUGAGCAAAGCAGUCACAGAUUUAACAUUUAGUUAUUUGAACGGCUGUCCCACAUCUAAUAUAGAUAGUGACGAUGCUGUGUUUCAGUUGAUUGAUCUUCCACGAGGUCGAACAGGAAGUUCGUCUCAAUCAGCGAGUACAACAUCUACGACGACGAGUAGCCCUUCCCCGCGAUCCCCUACGUCUGUGAUACCAGGCUUGCAGGAACCGUUUUCUUUUUCUCCACAAAACAACCAUCUUCAUCGUGUUCAUUACAUAAACACUCAACAUCCUCGCCAAACUACUACAUCCUCUUCUCCCAGUGUUAAAAGUGGUUCGCAAAAAUCUGACAGUUUCGAGAGCAGUAGUGGACUGGACGACCCGUGGGUCCGAGGUGACGAACCAACUUCUCUCAGUGGAAAGUCGGAUCAGGGAUUACUUGAUGUUGAACUUUGUAAAGAAGAUUCUUACGUUUAUUUUGCAAAAAAUAAACCGGGAGCACCUCACGAGUACAGCUACCCGAGUUUGGAGCCGACCCAGAAACCACCCACAAAACGCGAGUCAAGCUCCAAACGACAGACUUAUGUUUCUCAUAAUAACCCUCCCAUAUCUCUGCCAAUCAAAAUGAACACUAACAAAAACCAGUCGCGGACAUUAUUGGGCCAGCAAUCUAGAUGUAAACAUUGUAAUGAGAUAUUUUCUGUGGAGGAAAAUGUUCGCGGAAGUUGUGAGGACGGGCCUGAUCGGGUCACAAAGUGUAUAGAAUGUAUAACGUGUGUUGUAUGUGCUCAUACCCUGAACUACCAUUGUCUAUCGGAUGCGGAUGGUGAAUACCAUCACCCGUGCCAGUGUGACCAGAAUGACAGCGGUAACUGUAAGAAAUGGACUGCCAUGACAAUUUUAUCGUUUUUUCUCCCCUGUCUAUGGUGCUACCCUCCACUUAAUGCCUGCCAUAGGUGCGCAGUAUCGUGUGGCUGUUGUGGAGCAAGACACAAGGCUACGUGACCUAUCCAUUCGGAUAUAACAGAUCCCUGACCCCCUCCCCCACCUUUUAUUCAAUAUAUGCACGGUAUGGAAGUGGACUCCAUUUAGCCUUGUUCGAUAAAUAUUUCUUCGGAGUAAUGGAGAAACAGUGUGUGAAUGAGAUGUAAUUAAAAAGAUUAUUUUGUGAGAACACGAAUAUGUGUGUGAUAUAUAUAGUAUAUAUAUAUGAAAUAUAUAACGUUUUUUUAAUUGUCAUUUGUUUGUUCAUUUAAAGGAUUUUUUUUUUUUCAUUGUUGAUCGAGAAAAUGGCAAGUUUUGAUAUAAAUACGCUAUUAAGCAUUAGGUACCGUACAUUUAGAUCCCAUAUAUAUAUAUAUAUAUAUUUAAAAACCAGUGCAUACUUUAUGAUUUUUGGACACCAACAUUGUGGGUUUUUUGAUUGGACUUUGCUGCAGGUUGUGUCAUGUCUGCUGUCUGCAGGUUGUGUACAUGGCACAGUUGUUGCCAUUGUCAGGAGAUAAAAAAAUGUUGCAAGAAUCUCAUUUUGUACUCUGGUGUUAAUUGUAUUAUAGGCAUAUCAUGUCGUUAUACAUCUUUUUAAUGCCUCGGGCUGACAAUGAUUGUAUUAUUACUGUUGGUUUAUCAUUUCCUAAGUUACUGAUUGCAAUAGUCUUAAAGAUUAUAACAAUUAACAACCAGCUCAAGAAAGAGGAUAUAGAUUAAUUUCUUUUUGUCUAUGCACCGUUUAGCAAACAGUCCUCACUGUUCGACUAUUAAUAUACCACAGUUUUAUCAAAAGAGGAGCUAACCAAUCAUCAAUUUGUUAACAAAAAUACAAAAAUAACUAAUUUGGUUGAAAAAAAUCAAUAAAGAUAUGAUAUGUAAAUUCAGUAUACUAAUUUUGAUUGGUAGGACAAGCCAAGGUAUAAUAUAAUCAAUUGUCAGCUCCAGGUUAAUAUGAAGGUGUUUAUUAUUGAAUUUUAUUUUUGAAGAAAUUUGUUUCAUACACUGCUUGUUAUGUUAAAACUAUUUUGUCUAAAAAGAAUUUUUAAAUGUGCUAAUAUUAAUAUCAUCUUUUAUUAUUAUGAGUAGAAUAUUGCCAAUAUGACAGAGUGAAAGUUAAUAAUUUUAUUUUAUUAGGUAAAGCAAUUCAUUAUAAUGUAUUCUCAAUAUUCACCUGUUGCAAAUAUGAAAGUCUAACAAAUAGUAAUAAUACACAAGUUAGGUUUGUUACGUUUGUAAAUUUCCCCAGGUUGUUGUGAAGUGGUAUCAGGUGUCAUAGAAAAGGGUAAGCAUUCUCUGCCUAGUACAUGACAUUCAUCACUAGUUAUAUCACUUGACUAAGUACAGUACUCGGCAGUUCCAGUAAAUAAAAUUUUCAUGUAUUAUAGAAUACAAUUCAAAUAUUCAAAACACAUUAUUGACAACUUUAUUAUUCCUGCUAGUAUUAUCAAGUUUCAAUAAAAACAAAUCCUUUAGUGCUAUAUUAGUUUCAUUAAUGGGUAAAACUAUAUAAAUUCAAACCUAGGUCUGAUUUAUAUAUCCUAAUAUUUCAAAUUUAAUCAUAGUUCUUCUGUCAAAAUCAAAGCAUGUUUCAGGACAUCCAGAAAAAUUCUCUAUUUGAAGUGUUUAUUUAUUAUUGAGAUUUACAGUGAACAUAUUUUGGAAAUGGGAAUUUAUAUUAAAAACUCUUGUAUUAAAAAGAUUUACACCCUUUAACAUAUUUUGAAAAUUUAAAGCUGAACUGUCUAAGUGUAAUCUUUAGAGGCGUUUAGUAACUGUCUAAUUGUAGUAAUGAUAAUCAAGAAAAUAAUAGGCUUAAAAAUAUCAGGUCUAUAAUCUACCCAGCAAUUUGUAUGUUACAAUAAUUUUAAUGAUUGAAUUUUGUUCAUUUUAAUUUGUGAAUAGUUAAUUUAGUUAUGUGAUUUUUUGUUAUCAAGAUUUUGGAUUCUACAAACUUGUUUUUCAUUAAGGUCAUACAAACAAAAUAUUCUUGUCUUCAGUGCCUAUCAAUAAAAAAAGGAGUUUUAUUUCGUUAUUCACAAAAGAUUUGACAUGAGAGAGUUUAAGAAAUUAAGUAGUGAAAUUGAUGGUUGCCAUUUCCAGAUAAAAUAGUUCAUUAAAUAUUGUGCCAUCUAUGAUUGUCGAUAACACUGCUCAGUCUGCCUCUGAAUACAACCAAAUCUGGUUAAUAAAGUUACUUUCUUUACCAUGUGGAAUAUGGACAUUCAGUAAUUAAUAAGUGAAGCUGUUUUUAUUUUUUUGAAAUAUAAACAGGCAAAUGGUCCUUUUUAUUUGACAUGACAGUAUCUAAAUACCAGAAUAUUUUUUUUAUAUGACCUAAUUUGUGCCAAAUUAUAUGUAAUUAAUACAAUUACAGAUUUUUAUUGAUUUCCAAUUCAAAGUUUUGAAGGAAAGUUGAAGCUAUAAUGGUUGUUUUUACAUUAAGAAACUAAUACCAAACCAGAAAACAGUUCUUAAAAUUAUCACUUGGUUAUGACCUUUCCCUGCAGAUGGCUGACUUUCUGUUCAAUAAAAAUAAUAAGGAUAAGAAAUAGUAAUAAGAAUAGUUAAAGCAAUUUAUGGUGGUUUUUUUAUGAUUUUGUUUAUUUCGUGUUUCGAAUCUGUUAAAUAAAAUAACACCUGUCAGAGUUGUAGAGAGAGAGAAAUGGGGUUUAAAGUCCACUUGACACAAAUUAGAUCAUUUUGGGAAUAACAUGGUUCAGUUUUAUUUCAUUAAUUCGCUUGCACGUAGGGGUUCGAAACCACUCCACUUGACUCAAUGACAGACCUUAUGCUGCAACGCACACACAUUAACCAUUUGGCCACCCACCCCACCUGUCAGAGUUGUAAAGUCACACAUUCUCAUAUUUAUAUGUAAAAUUUAUUAUGAGAUCUACUAUAACAGACGACUUUUAGAGGAAGUAAGGAUAGGAUAUUUGAACAUAUGGAUUUUAACUAUCAAAUUUAAUGAAGUAAAAAUUAAAAUGUAACAGCUGAGCUCUUUUUUACAAUUUUUUCAUAGGACUGUUGUCAUUGUGAAUUUUAUUCUUGGUAAUAAAACAGAGUUUUCCUAUUAAUGUCAUGUAAUAAAACAGCAAGUAAUUAAUAAACAAUAAAAUGGUAUAUUGCAGAACAAGAAUAUAAAUAGAUAUUAAAAGUAAUAAACUUCCAAAAACUUAGAGAAAAUUUUAGUUUGCAAUAUAAAAGUUUGUGUAAAAAUCUUUUAAUGUUAGUUUAAAAAACAAAUAAAUGUCAAUGUUUUUUUCAAUAUACAGCUAAUAAAUUUUAUUUUUCAAAAGUUUUAAGAAAUACUUGUAUGAUUUGUAGGUUGUUAAAUUGAAUUUGGUUUCUGUCUUAGAAAAGUUAUUGUUAUUAUCUUAAAAUUCUAUAUAAUUGUUGAAAGUCAUGGAUUAUUUUAAUGUGUAUUAUUGCUUUAUUAGAAGUAAGUUAUGCUAAAUGCUGUAAGUUUUAAUCAGAAAAGUUUUUGUCAAUGUACCAAACAAAGUUUUGAAAAUGUAUAAAUGCACACAUAACUUAAAACAGUCGUUAUGCUUUUUGGAAUAAUGUUGAAAUUUAUCCUGUACAUUACGACAUGGUUAAAGUUAUGAUUUCUCGUAACGAAGAUAUUAAAUGCUUAGUAAGAAAAUUAAUUUUUGAUAUUUAUGUACCAGGACCCUGAAUAACUAAAAAUGAAAUUGGUUUGACUUUUUGAUGUGCUUUAAAAAUUGUAUAAAAGAUUUACUUCCAUCUUUGGCUGCACAACUGAAUUUUCGUAAAGAUUUGGAUCUCCUGUAUAUAACACAAUAUACAUUUUGGUGCUCGGACAAAAACUCUGUAUGCAAUUUGUAUAUCGAUAAUUUGUAUAAUAGUGCCAAGUCAAUUACGUGCCAGCUAGGCUUUUACAGGCUGAAGGGAGAGCACUCUCUACUUAAGAAAGACUACCAUUCUUUCAACAAUCAGUUUUAAUAUUUUUUCAAGCCAGAAUUAUUCUGCAGAAUUAUAACAAUAUAUCUACUUGUAUGUGCAAUUCGUUUUGAAAAAUUUUGUGUUAAGCUAACAAGAUUAUCAAAGCAUCUUUUUGAUACACUUUGAUGUGUUGAGGGAUUGAUUAAUAAAACAGAUUACUGCAUAUUCAAUUGCCAGUAGAUAUAUCUUUCAAUAAAAAAUAAAGACUUUGCAGUAAUGCACGAUUUAUAGUUCUGUUGCUGUAUUUAAAAGUAAGGAAGCUUAUUGGGUUGUAAUUCGAAACAAGCGGUUUUAUAGUUUAGUAUUCAUUAAUGAUUAUAUUUCAGUUGAACUGAUUAUGUAAGAUAUUUGCUGUAAUUGCUUAAUAUUGUUUUGUCAUGAUUAAGCAAUGAUUUUUGUUCUAAAUAGGCUUAUUAUUCUUGUCCAAUUCAUUGUAUAUUACUUACUCAAAUUAUUUUACAAGACAAAAACAAAUUUUAUAGAGAAAAAAAAUCAUGAAAAUAUUAAUUUGACAAAAUUAGAAUUUUCAGGGUAUAUGUUGGGUAUAUUAUAUCCACUGGAGAUAACAAUAAUAUUAAUUUACUAUGUCAAUCUAAAAGAAAAGGGUUGAGAUUUUUAUUUGGUUUAUCAAAAAUGUAGCACUAUUGCUCAAAGUUCUCGCCAAAAUUUAUAAAACAAAAAAUGCUGGGUUGUGUUUUAAUUCUCUACUCUUUCUUUUAAAAUCUCUAAAUAAAUGUAGCAAGCAAUAUUCUUGAGAAAAAAAAAAGAUCAACAUCAAUUUUUCAAGUAUGUGUUCCGGUGCACUUUUUUCAUGUGUAUGCAGAAUUUGUUUUUUUAUAUGUGCUAUUAUUAUUAUAAUUAAUGAUGUUUUUUUUCUAAUUGCUGUAAGUACAGAUUGCGCUCCUUUGAAAGGAUGUAGACUAUGUUUAUUAUUAUAUAAAUAGUGAGAUUUAUAUUUUUCUCUAGCGUUUGUAAGUGCGAUGAUGAACGAGAGAGAGUGAGUGAGAGAGAGAGAUUUUUUACUGAUCUUGUGUUAUAAAUGUAUGCAUUUAAUAAAAAUGAUAUAAAUUUGAUCUUCAGGUGUUUAGAAGAGAACACAUGAAGAGUCGAUGUAAAAUUAUCUACCAAUUAUACAGAGAUUAAAAACAAACUAGAAGAUA